AUUGCACUAGUGAAUUUGACGAUCUAUACCCGUUCAAUGUUUGUUAUGAUCGAUCGCUCAUAAUUAAUUUACAUGUAAAGACGGAUACGACCUUGUCUAUACUGUACUGUACACGUACACAGAGAUAGAGGCUAGGCGAUCAUCUAAGCUGUACUGAAGAUGAGCGAGGGGUCACCCUCCCUACUGGUCCAACCCCCCAACGGUCAGCAGGUCACCGUGCCACUCCGUAAUAAACGAACAAGAACGAGUCGACUGAGAGACAGUGGUAAUGGCGGAUCAAGACCGAAGUCAGAGUUCUUCUCACCUUCGGGCAUAUCCACACUGGACAUUCGCACCAGACUGCGUAUCACUGAAGCAGAGCUGGCACUAGUGCAAAGGGAAGUGUCAGAUCUGCUAACAGAAAGAAACAACCUCGAGUCAAGCAGUCGUAAGCACGAGGAUAGCUGGAGAUUUGCCGUCAAGGAGUGUGGGCGUGUGGUGGAGCAGAGAGAUGAACUACAGAAGAGACUGGAUAUGCUACAACAACUCAUCGCUAGUGGACCACAAACCCCAGAGAAGGGAAAGGGCAAAGGUCGUGGUGGUGGGCGUGGCUCGCUGGAGCACCUCAAGCUACAGUUGGAGACGCAGACGAGGGUGGCCGUGAGCUUUGAGCACGAGCGAGAUAAAGCAUACGAUGAUUACGAACUGGCACAGGCCCAGACCAGCACCUUGAUGAAGCAGUAUCAAGAGUUGGCCAGUUCAUGCUCUGAGGUAGCCAGAGAAAGAGACAAAUUCAAAGCAGAAGUUGGAAUACUCAGAGAGGAACUCCACAGGUACGACCCUGAGGACAGCCUCUCGUCUGCACGCAACUCACUGCGUAAAGCCGACAGUUUAGUGGGCGGGUCACACGGGUCACUAGCAUCACUAGGUGGAGGAGCAGGAGGUGCGGAGGGUGAUGAUGCUGGCAGUCUUAUCAUGAGCGAUCCCUCGAUGCUGCUAGCACACGUCAAGGAAAUGAAACAAGAGCGGGACAAAGCCAAUUCAAAAUACGAACAGGCUAUGAAGCGUGCAGAGCAAUAUCAGAAGCAGCUGUAUAGAGCGGAGGAGGAUCGACGACAAGCACUGGCCACCUCCGAGGCUCUCACUGCACUAUGGCAGAAGAAGUUUGAAAAAGCACAAAAUGAAAACUACGAUCUCAGACAAGAGUUGCUAACAUCUCAGGAGAGGAACAGUCUUCUACUGGAGCGACUAGCGAUGGCUAGGAUACAGAGUCGUGAUGUCACACCCUCCCGUCACUCCCCUCCUGACCACGACACUGCUACUCCAUCACCCACUAAGAUGUUCUAUGGCUCCUACAUGCAGAGUGCAAGUGCAUCUAACUACUCUCUGAGUCAAGCCCUGCCCCCUGCCCCACCCACCUUGGUAUUGGGCUCGUCCCUGAGUCAGAGUAAUCCAUCAGUGCUUGCACGACGGAGCAGCAGUAUGACUGGAUCCAGAGACAACCUUCCACCGUCGAGUGUGCACUAUUACAACCCACCCUCCCCCCACAAGCGCUAUCACUAUGACGAUACGUACGACGGAUCUCACAGCACCGACGAUGAGUCAUCAUGGAUCUAAUGAACCCUCUGUUAGUAGCCUCCCUCAAUAAGACUGUAUAUGUGAACAUUGUCAGUAGAAAAGUAUUAUUGUUAGUAGUGACUUAUGUCGUUAUGGCGAUUAUCAGCUUUCAAAUCGAAUGAUCACUUUUCAUUGCUUUGUUUAAUUAUUAUACGCGUAUACGUCAUUAUAAUAAUUUAUUUGUUGUUCAAUACGACAUAAUUUAUUACAUAAUUAAUUUUAUUACACUUUUAUAUCAAAA